GGGCCGGGCCGGGCGGGGCCGCGGCCAUUGGGGCCCGGCUGCGGAGGGGACGCGCGGCCGCCGCCGCCAUGGUGUCCUGGAUGAUCUCCCGGGCCGUCGUGCUGGUGUUUGGGAUGCUGUAUCCUGCAUAUUAUUCGUACAAAGCUGUGAAGACAAAAAAUGUGAAGGAAUAUGUUCGCUGGAUGAUGUAUUGGAUUGUGUUUGCUCUUUAUACAGUUACUGAGACAAUAACAGACUUAACAGUCUCUUGGUUUCCACUGUAUUAUGAACUGAAGAUAGCGUUUGUUAUUUGGCUUCUUUCCCCGUAUACUAGAGGGGCGAGUUUAAUCUACAGAAAAUUUCUGCACCCUCUUCUUUCUUCUAAAGAAAGGGAGAUUGAUGAGUACAUCGUACAAGCCAAAGAAAGAGGCUAUGAGACCAUGGUGAAUUUUGGAAGGCAAGGGUUGAAUUUGGCAGCAACUGCUGCAGUGACAGCAGCUGUAAAGAGUCAGGGUGCGAUAACUGAGAAACUGAGAAGUUUCAGUAUGCAUGAUUUGACUACUAUACAAGGAGAUGAGCCAGUAGGACAGAGGCCCUAUCAGACAUUACCAGAAACAAAAAAGAAAACCAGAGCCUCUGCAAAUGAACCUCCAGGUUACAAAAUUCCAAUGGAAAAAAAUCCUGGAGAUGAUAAAACAGAUGAAGAGGUGGAAGGAACACAUUCCGAGGAUGAAAUGUUUGCUCAGAGAGGCCUUCGAAGAACGCAGAGCAUGAAAUCUGUGAAAACUAUUAAAGGCCGUAAAGAGAUACGGUAUGGAUCACUGAAAUACAGAGUAAAGAAGAGACCCACCGUAUACUUCUAAGUUUAUUGCACAAUGCCUGCAAGUCAAACUGCUGUAUUAUAAUAACUUGAAUUCAGUACUUCAAGUGUUAAAGAUCUGUGUAUGAUUCAUAUAAUGGAUAUAUAUGAAUAGAUAUGGUAGGACUUGGUUUUGUGAGCCUAAAUGAUUUGAUAAUGUAUUACUCUGCUCUUCUGUAAUUGCUUGUUGUUUAGACUUUAAUCUGGAGAAGGUAUAGGAUGAAUUUCAUCACUGCUUAAAUAAGAGUUAAAUGAGUAACAGGAAACAGCUUGACUUUUUCAGAGGUACUGAGCAGACUGAAAUAAUUACAAGUCCAAGUGAAUUAGCAGAAGCUGUAAGUGUUUGGAACUUGUGAAAGUCGAACCCAUAGUGUCCUUUAGUUUACAUGGAAAGAUAGGUAUACUUGAUAUAUUCUUCUGAACUACAGUUCCUGAAAAGACCUAUGUGUAGUUAAAAAGCAUAGUUUAAAGGACAGCAGAUGAUAUGGGGAAGGAGAAGGAAAGGUGAGAUAGACAGGGAGUAUCCUUAAUAUCAUCUUCUCACAUCAUAUUUCCAAGCUUAACAAACUUGUAUAAUGCUAACAGGUACAAAAUGGGGGUACGUUUAGCACUUUAUGCAAAACUGGGUAGUUUUGCGCACUUACUGAUUUACAGCUGCACAUGUUGUUUUAGUUAAUUCUUAGGUAGAUUAGACUUAUCUUUUGAAUGCCAGCAAUUCUGUAGUUCGUGGUCUUUUUAUAACUUGAUUGCUUAAGUACACUUAGGAUGCUGUAGAUAAUUGCAACUAACACUUAACAAUAUAAUCAGGUGCCUUUCUGUGUCUUACAGGGCUGCGGGGUUAUCUGUCUGUUUUUUUUGGUUUUGUUUUCUUUUUUCUUCCCCCUUCAGCUGAGAAGAUGUAACAUGAUUUAAGUCAGUUUUUGGUUAAAAUUGUGGUAAAUAAAACUUGUAGCAAUUCUGGUGAUAGACCUCAGGGAUCUGAGCAGCCCAUCAACUGUGUAAUAUAAGUCAUACUGUUGUGGUGGCACGUAUGAUUGAUUAUUCCGGCCCUGGUUUGGUUUUGCUCUGCAUUUCUAUAAGAAAAUAUAUAUAUAUUUAGAUUAUGUAUAUGUGUAUAUUUCUUAUCAUGUGGAUUCUAAAUUUGGCAGUGUAGUAUUUUAUUGCUAAAGUUAUUACUAAAAUAUUUACAUACAAAUAGCUUUUUCUGAAAGUCUAGCUCAUUUACUCAGCCAUGUUAUAACCUAGUGUCCAUGGCAUGACUGUUUGCACAGAUUAAUUUUGGAAUGUCAUUCAAGGCAGGGACUUGUCAAAAUAACCUUUUGAGGUUCCUGUUAGUUCCAUUUUCUGUAAUUCUGAGAAGUAGGCUGACUUUAGUUUUUUACCAUGGAUUUUGGCAAGACAAAUCCACUUUUUGUAGAUAGUUUUUUUGUUACUUGGCAUGGGUAGAGAUGGUGUUAAUUUUCUGUAAAGGAGAAUGAUGUGUUGUCCCUCCUAUCCUUGAAUCUCAGACUCCAAUCCUUAAACUUUCUCCCAGGUAUGACAGUCACCUGCUCUACUGCAGUGCUUUUAAACGUUUUCUUAAGGGUCUGCUGCAGUGUUUUCUUUUUAUUGUUACAGCCAUAGCAGGUUUGCUGCUGGUGGGCACUUAAUGGCCUGUUAAUACAGACUGCCAUUGAAGUAGUCUUCUGUAGAUUUCUUUGGGCCAGGGUUUGAAUUUUAUGGAUAAAAAUGCAGCUGGUCUGCAUUGGCAUUGCGAUUGUAGGCAUUUACAAGCAAAAUGUAAAGCCUUGGACAGAUGUAACGAUAUUGAUAGCACGGUGCUUUUAGCAUCUCCAUGGAAGGUAAAUGCUUUAGUAAGAAGUUGCAACAUUCCACAUGGGAUCAGAAGGCCAAAGUUUGUUUUACUUUACUCAAAGACAUCAUUUCAUGCAAGAUGACAGGAAGCCUGCUCUCUCCCAAGUGAGUAUAGUGCAAAAAUCCUGUCCUCUAACCAAAAUGGCAAUUUGUGAUUUAGCUUUUAUAAUGAGCUGUUUCCUAGGGUGCGAGGAGUGGAGGGCAGUGCUCAGAAAGGGUGUGGUUCAUUGCCUCUGCCCCACAAAUGUUUGCAAUUCUCAUCUGCUUCCCCGAAUGGAGGAAACGCCCAAGCAGGAAAAGUCUGUCUGUGUGUUAUGGUAUGUAAGAUGUUAGAGGAAACAGGCUUUUGUAUUUGCAUCUUGCCCUUCCUCGAAAAUUAGAAUAACCUGGACACUGAGUCGAAUCUCUAAAUGUUAUUCUCCAGUUGAGCAUCCUCCCUGAGCACUUGGUGCCACAUCUUGCGCUAACUCAUGAUGUUUUUUUAAUUAGUAAGCAUGGCAAUAAAAUUGUCAUUGCUUUACAAAUGAGAAUCCUGCGUGAAAGAGCUGAGAAAGCCCUUCUUUCAGAAUUCUAGUUUCUGUUUCAACGUCAUGUAGAUCCUGUUUCUAGGGUUGGAUUCCUUUCAUGUUUCCAAGGCUAGAAGACAUCUGAGUAGAAGUUUAGGCUCUAGAAAGCUCAUGGUCAGUAAGUUGCUUUAUGCAAUGAUACGUACUUAAGGCUGUAACUUCUGACAAAUGUAACUUGUUAAUUAAGUGGUGACAGGCUAAAUAAACUCCCCUUCCCUGAAAUAUGGAUGGGAUUAGGAAUGCUGGCAGUAUUAUUCAUAUUAAUUACUGUUUGCAUGUAAAUGUAUGUGUUCUUGCAGAUACUGUCUUAAGUGAUAAAUCAUCCAGUGUUUUCCUAGCUAUUCUUUUUGUCUAAUACCCUGCUGUAAAGUGUCCCCCUCUCUCUCCCCCCAGCUUGUUUUUGAUCUUUGAAUUCGUCCUGAAACUGCUUCACUAUUGUUACCUUAGAUUUUCUUUUCCUUGCUGUUCAUUGUCAGCUGAUGCUUGACAGGGCACAAUUGCAUAAUUAGCCUUCAUCCAAAUGAUACAUAUUUCUGCAUGUUAAAUUUAGUUUAGUCUGGUUUUGAAAUGUUAUCUUAAACUUUGUGUACAGAGAAUUUUCAAACUUUUUUUUGCCUUAACAACUGCAAAGGUCAUCUCUCUACCUUUUGCCAGUAAACUUCUUGGAAAAAAGUUAAGACAUCAAAAUUUGAUUUAACAACCUUUUUGAUUUUGGAAUUUCAACUACCUAUUCACAUCAAAUAAUCUCACAAAGUGUUUCCUGAGAAUUGCCUGACUGCUACCAACAAAUGCUAGUAUAGUUAAAGAAAAACUUACAUAGGGAUUAAAGGUAGUUUACAAUAGAAUACAUAUUUCUUGUAAAGUUUUGGAAUAUUUCCAAAAUAUAUCUUAACUGACUCGGACUUCUUAGCAAGAGCCUACUGUACAUGUUAAAAUACGCAGUUUGAGAUGAGGUUUAAAUUGAUGGCCUCAGUUGCAUAUAAACUUAGGCUGGACUCUGAUUACAAGGUAAUUGCCAAUAUUAGCUAUUUAAUGCUAAUUGCUUAGCCAUGUUUAAGUAACUGAAUAUUAUCCAAGAUACUUUUUGCAGAUUAUAACGAAUUUUAAAAUGAACACAAGAUAAUUUGGUUAAGCAGAACAGUGGAGUAAGUGCUAGAUGUAUUUAACACAUUGUUAAUAACAAAAAAUGAGUUUUAUUUUGGUGUUGGUUUUAAUAAUGGGAAGUUGUUAUUUUAAAGUAUUUUUCUACAAAAACACGUGUGUGCAAAGGCAAUACUUCAACGUUUUUCAAGAACUCAUAUUUUUGAAUGCUACAGACCAGAGACUGUCUACAUUGAGACUGAAGUUAGUAGCUUUAAAAAAUGCAAUGUAAGCUUUACUUUUUAUAUUGUAAUAAUACCUUGCUGUCAGCUUGUUUACAUAUUUGUAGGAGGGAAAGUUUCAUUAUGCAUUGACUUAUCUUGAUGCUGUCUUUAAUAAAUGCUGCUUUGAGCAGGACGCAGUGGA